AUGGAAACCAAAUACAAUGAAAAAGAGAUGCGUUUAAAAUUGGACAACUUUAAUCAGUACAAGAAUAUAGGCGCCUCGAAAGAAAUAUAUUUGGUUUCAUUUGAACAAAUUAUCCAGGAGACUAGCGGGGAUAAUAUCCCGGGACAAUUAUCCAGGGAAUUUAGUGACAGUUUCAGUUAUGUAAACAAAAACGAUUUGACCGUUCAUCAUAAUCGUCGAUCAACGCUUUUGUCAGUCUCAAAAGAAAAACUGAUUCAGAAAAAGAAUGAAUAUAUCCAAUCAUUUACUGUACAUGGUCUUACCAAAAUAUGCACUGGUACGAAGGCUGAGUCCGUAUUUUGGUUGAUCAUGUUAAUGCUCGGGUUAGCUUUGUCAGUAUAUGUCGUAUAUAGACUGGUCUCAAAGUAUCUGCAGUUUGAGAUAUAUACUGAAGUAUCUGAAACGGUGACAACAAAGAAUCUCUUCCCUGCUAUUACAUUUUGCGACUAUCAAUUAUUGGUUGCAGCUUAUUUUUCAUAUUGUGGACAGUAUAUCAGAAAAUCUUAUAAAAAUCCAGCACUGCAUUGUUCAUUGUCGUCAUUUCAGCAGAAUAUAUUCACCUCGAACACAAAAUCCAACGUUAAUGUAUCGAAUUCAAGCUUUUUUAAUAUCACCGAAUGUACAACUUGGGGAAGCAAACAAUGCAAAAAUGAUAAAUACAUACGAAUGAUAAAGAAACUAAACAAUGUUUGCUUUACCUGGAAUUAUAACGGUGAUCUUCAUGACGCGUACAGUCACGCUUUUUUACAAUUCGAAGUAAAAGACACAAAACGUCACUCAUACAUUGUUGCCAUGAUUCAUGAUCCAAGAGUGACAGAAUUCGAAAUGACAAAUCGAGUUAUCUUAGAGCCCAAGAAACAUUAUGAAUUCAGGAUUUUAAAGACUGUUUUUAAAAGAUUACCUUCGCCCUAUCCUUCCAAUUGCACAUCAAAAAAACCAAACGAUAUAUUUCCUGGAAAAUAUACUCGCUUCACAUGUUUGGAGUCGCUAGGAUACAUAAAUGCAUUUAAGACAUGUGGAGAUGUGUUUGAUUAUCACCGUGAAUAUAUUCCGAAAGACUUGUACAGGAAGUACAAGCAAAAUCGGAGCAUAGCAGAGGUUUCUGAGUGCUUAAAAGAAGUUGGAACUAAAAAAGUAGAAGCGUCUAUGGAUUGCCCUUUUCCAUGUGAUGAAAUCCAACUACUUACGACUUCAUCUUCGCAUGGAAUGCAUGGCAAAGAAGAUGGAAACCGAACGAUAUAUCGAGUUGAUAUUCAGUAUCACAAUGUUGAUUCAUAUAAAGUUUUCGAGGAAAAAGUUUUAUUUUCAUGGGAUCAAGUAGUCAGCGAGGUUGGUGGUCUACUUGGAUUAGUUAUUGGCGCUUCAGUAAUUUCCGUUAUUGAGAUUCUGGCUUACUUUUAUCUUUGUUGCAUUCAAAAAUGUGAGGACUAUUACGAGAAGAAAAAUAGAGGUAUUGUCACUUAA